CUCGAUUUGAUUGCACCCCGUGUUGGCCGUUGCCCUGAAUUUCGACACAAACCCCUUUUUAAAACAAAGGUAGUUUGAAAUGAGACGCCACUGUUUAACCUUUAUUGGAAAAUGGAAAUAGUGACAGCUGACAGUUAGAAGACAAGUGACACACACCAACAAAUAAUUACUUCAUUUUUACAUUCUAUUAAUUUAUUAAAUACAGAACAAUGAAUCGUUUAUUCGGAAGAGGCAAGCCAAAAGAGCCAGGUCCUAGUAUGACGGAUGUCAUAUCUGGGGUAGACCAAAGAGCUGAAGGCGUCGAGAAGAAAAUUGCGGCCUUAGAUACCGAUCUGCGUAAAUUUAAAGACCAAAUGUCCAAGAUGCGCGAAGGUCCGAGUAAAAACGCGGUGAAAGCGAAAGCAAUGCGCGUGUUAAAGCAGAGAAAAAUGUACGAACAGCAGCUCGAGAGCCUUCGAGGUCAAUCGUUUAAUAUGGAACAGGCGAAUUUUGCAUCGCAAACUCUUAAGGAUACGCACAUUACGGUCGCAGCCAUGAAAGAUGGAAUGAAGCAGAUGAAGAAGGAAUUUAAAAAUAUUAACAUCGACGAAAUCGAAGAUGUCCAAGACGACCUGGCCGAUAUGUUAGAACAAGCAGAUGAGGUGCAAGAAGCAUUAGGGCGCACAUACAACACACCCGAGAUGGACGAUGAUGAACUUAAUGCAGAGCUAGAUGCGCUGGGAGAUGAAAUUGCGCUAGACGAUGAUGCAAGUUAUUUAGAUGAUGUUUUGAAAGCACCUGAGGCACCAAGCAAUAAGCCAGAGGCAGAGGCGAGGAAAACACCAGGUGGUGUUCAAGUAGAUGAAUUCGGAUUACCUCAAAUUACUCAGCAUUAAUUCGCUUUUUAUCUUGAGUAACUUGACCUCUUCAUAUUGCGCUUAUGUAUAACUAACAAGUGCUUUUCAUGACCUUAGGGUUAAGUCAGUAGCCAUGAGAAUCCAUUUUUUUUGUAUAUUUUUUUUAAAUAAAGAUUGUUUCAAUGUACAAAUGCUAAUGUGAACAAAAAUAAAUGUAUAUUCUGUUA